GGUCACUUCCUCCUUUUUACCAUCGUGAUAAAGAUGGCGGAGCAAAAGUCGGUGCCGAGCGAUUUGUAUAAAUGCGUGUACUCCUUUCUGAUCGAGAACAAAUUCUCAAAGGCGGCUCAGCAAUUCGUCAAACAAAUUAAAGUGAGCCCACAAGAUCCAAAUGAGGAAAGUCUUCUUAAAAUCUACGACUUCUGGGUGAAAUCUCCCCAAGCUAAAAAACGAAAAGCACUUGCUGACAAGACUGAAGCUGCUGGCCCAUCAAGCAAGAAGGCAAAAAACAGCAAAGAGAGCUCCAGCAGUGAAGAGUCCAGCAGUGAGGAAGAUGAAGCUAAGGCUAAACAAAAAAAGGCUACAACCGCUACUGCCAAGGCAGUUAAGGCAGCAGCUACUAAAGCGGAAUCCAGCAGCAGUGAAGAAUCAAGUGAAGAAGAGAAGGCUCCAGCCAAAGCUCCUGUCAAGACUCCUGUUAAGGUUCCUGUGAAACCACCACUAGCAGCUGCAGGCACCACAAGAAAGAAAGACAGCAGUUCUAGCAGUGAGGAAUCCGACUCUGAAGAUGAACAGGCCGCCAAAGCUCCUCCAAAGGCAGUGGCUGCUGCUAAGCCCAAGGGUGCUACUCCUGCUAAAGUAAAAGAAGAAAGCAGCAGUGAAGAAAGUUCUGAGGAUGAGGAACCAGCCAAGGUGAAGAAGGCUCCAGUCAAAGCUGUCCAAGUAAAAACUGUUGCUGCAGCUCCUGAAUCAAGCAGUGAAGAUUCGUCAUCUGAAGAUGAGGCGCCACCCGCAAAGAAACCCAAAUCAGGAAAAUACAGUGCAGUUCCACCUCCUACUUCAACAAUCAAGAAGGCUCCAGUUGCAUCAGCUGAACCUACCCCCGCUGUUCCUGCUAAAUCUACAGUGAAGAAGCCUGCUGCAAAGGAAUCCAGUUCUGACAGCUCAGAAUCAAGCUCAGAGGAAGAAGAGGUAAAAAAGCCUCCAGCCAAGAUCACACCAGCUAAAGCGGCGCCAGUCAAACAAACCCCAGCAAAAAAGGACAAGUCAUCAAGCUCAGAUUCUGACAGUAGCUCAGAAGAUGAAGCUCAAGCAAAGCCUGCUGCUAAAGUGGCUGUUCCUGUGGCUAAACCUGCCACUCCUGCUGGAAAGGCUGCUGCAGCAGAAAGCAGUUCAGACUCUGACUCAUCUGAGGAUGAAAAACCUGCAAAGGCCAAAGCAACCCCAACUCAACCUGCUGCAAAGGCCGCAGUUCCUGCUGCAAAGGCCGCAGUUCCUGCUGCAAAGGCCUCAAAACCUGCUGCAAAAGCUGCUGCCGAGAGCAGCUCAGACUCUGACUCCUCUGAAGACGAGGAAGAACCAGUCAAAGCCAAACCGGCAAACACUAAACCUGCAACUACUCUUGCCAAAGCGGCUACUCCAGCAAAGGCAACGGCAAAAAGCAGCUCGGAAUCAGAAUCCUCAUCCGAGGAUGAAGAACCUACAAAAGCCAAGGCUGCAGUUAAACCUACUGCUAAGAAAGCCGCUACCCCAGCAAAGGCAGCAGCAUCUAAAAGCAGCUCGGAGUCUGAAUCCUCAUCUGAGGAAGAAGAACCCACAAAAGCCAAGGCUCCAGUUAAACCUGCAGCUAAGAAAGCUGCUACCCCAGCAAAGGCAGCAGCAAAAAGCAGCUCGGAAUCAGAAUCGUCAUCUGAGGAUGAAGAACCCACAAAAGCCAAGGCUCCAGUUAAACCUGCUGCUAAGAAAGCCGCUACCCCAGCAAAGGCAGCGGCAAAAAGCAGCUCGGAAUCAGAAUCCUCAUCUGAGGAUGAAGAACCUACAAAAGCCAAGGCUGCAGUUAAACCUGCUGCCAAGAAAGCCGCUACCCCAGCAAAGGCAGCAGCAUCUAAAAGCAGCUCGGAGUCUGAAUCCUCAUCUGAGGAAGAAGAACCCACAAAAGCCAAGGCUCCAGUUAAACCUGCUGCUAAGAAAGCUGCUACCCCAGCAAAGGCAGCAGCAAAAAGCAGCUCGGAAUCAGAAUCCUCAUCUGAGGAUGAAGAACCCACAAAAGCCAAGACUCCAGCUAAACCUGCUGCUAAGAAAACCGCUACCCCAGCAAAGGCAACAGCAUCUAAAAGCAGCUCGGAGUCUGAAUCCUCAUCUGAGGAAGAAGAACCCACAAAAGCCAAGGCUCCAGUUAAACCUGCUGCUAAGAAAGCCGCUACCCCAGCAAAGGCAGCAGCAAAAAGCAGCUCGGAAUCAGAAUCCUCAUCUGAGGAUGAAGAACCCACAAAAGCCAAGGCUCCAGCUAAACCUGCUGCUAAGAAAACCGCUACCCCAGUAAAGGCAACAGCAUCUAAAAGCAGCUCGGAGUCUGAAUCCUCAUCUGAGGAUGAAGAACCCACAACGGGUAAGCAGACUGCUGCUGAGCCUGCCGUUAAGAAAGCAGCUCCUCCAGCAAAACCUGCAGCUGCUGCCGAAAACAGCUCAGAUUCUGACUCCUCUUCUGAAGACGAGCCAGCGAAAGCAAAGGCAGUGCCCACUUCAAAGGCAGCCCCGAAAGCAAAACCUCCAGCAAAGGCAGCAGCCGCUGAAAGCAGCUCUGACGACUCCUCGUCCGAGGAAGAUGAGGAACCUGCUAAAACUAAGCCACCUGCGACUAAAGCAGCCACUCCUGCAGCCAAAGCUAAACCUGCGGUGACAAAGGCAGCUGCACCUAAAGUGACCAAGAAACCUAGCAAGGCUGCAGCAGAGGAGUCCAGUGAUGAGAGUUCAGACUCUGAUACUCAAACCAAGAAGACACCUGCCAAGGCUGCCGUCGCCAAUGGCAUCGCUCUCAAAGCUGAAUCGGCCAAGCCUGCGGAGUCUUCAUCCAGCGAGAGCAGUUCAGAUGAGGAAGAGGAAGCCGUCGUGAAGAGUUCUGUUAAAACUUCUACACCUGCAGCAUCGAGCAAGCCAACAGCGGCUGCUCAAGACAGCAGUUCCUCCUCGGACAGCUCAGAGGAUGAGGCGCCUAAAAAAGCUGCCACAGCGCCCAGCACUCCUAAAACCAACGGCACCAAUGGAAAGCAGUCAUCAGAAAGCGAAACUGAAGAAAAAGUUAAAAACAAGACUCCAAAAAAUAAGAGAGCAACCACAACACCGCAGACCUUUCCUAAAGAAAAUAAAAAAACUAACGCACCAUUCCGAAGAAUAAGAGACGAAGAUGUGGAGGUAGACCCCCGCCUUGCAGAUAAUUCUUUUGAUGCAAAGCACAGGUCCAACGGCGACUGGGGCGAGAAAGCAAACAAUGUCCUCCGCUUCACUAAAGGCAAAUCAUUUCGCCACGAAAAGACAAAGAAGAAGAGGGGAAGCUAUCAAGGCGGCGCCAUCUCCACCACAGUCAACUCUAUCAAGUUUGACAGCGAUUGAACAAUGUCUCCUUCUUUUCUCCUUUCGCCUGAACCGUGCGACGACGCAGGCUGCCCGUCGCCUGUACGGGUAUGCUUUUUUCCUGGCCUAACAUUAAAGCAGCACACGACCUGCUUGAUAAUCCACUUGCAGGCUGGCUCACAGGCAACACUGAGUGGACUGAUGGUGUUAGAAGAAUGCACGAUGACCGUAUAUAGCCACUAGGUGGCUUAAGGCAGCCAUACAUACAAAUCUGAUAAGAAUUUUUUUUUUUUUUUUUGCAAUUAUGAAUGACAGCCAUCAAACUUUUGUUUUCUGUUUUUUUUUAUCAUGUUUUCUCAAGUGUCUAAUUUCUCUUAUCUUUAAUGUGAAUAUCGGCGAGGGGUUGUCCUUGUUUUUACUUUAACUCCGCAUGGAGGACAUUAGUACAUUUUAUGCGGCGUAUUAACUGUUUUAAGACCUCAUGGUAUGUUGAAAUUCUAUGUUUGCCUCCUGUGAUUUAGUAGUAAUCAACAGUUUAAACUUGUUACUGUACUUGUUUUCUAACCAGAACUAAAUAAAAUAUUGAAAAAUA